AUGGCCGCUCCCAUCGUUGCGCUCAUCACCGCCGGCAGUGCCGGUCUCGGCGCCACCACAGCCCGGCUAUUCGCAAAGAACGGCAUACGGGUCGUGAUCAACUACGGCACCAACACUCAGAAGGCCCAGUCGCUCGUUGAUGAGCUAUCCCAGGCCUCAUCGCUCGAGAAGGUUGACGGCCGAGUAGAUUUCCAUGCAAUCAAGGCCGACCUCACGAAGAGGGAGGAUAUCAACCGGCUUGUUGAUGAGGCCGUGUCGUCUAUGGGCAAACUCGAUGUUGUCUUCUCCAACGGCGGUUGGACACAUAUUAGAAAUCUGCAGGAUCUAGAUGACAAUGUCUUUGAGGAGGAUUGGGACAAAUGCUUCAACAUGAAUGUCAAGUCGCAUCUAUGGUUGAUGCAUGCUGCGAAGAAGCAUCUGGAUGAGACCGAAGGCGCAUUCAUCACCACUGCUUCGCUGGCGGGAGUGAAAGUCAGUGGUAGUUCUCUGGCAUACGCUGUCACAAAGGCAGCCCAAAUACACCUAGCAAAGGGGCUCGCCAUUAUCGCAGCACCUAAGAUCCGAGUCAACACAGUAUCUCCUGGACUACUGCUGACUGAUUGGGGUCUUCAGUUCCCAAAGGAGCGGAUUGAAGCGAUGAAGGAGGCGACGAAGCUCAAAAGACUGGCCACUGUUGACGAUGUCGCAGAACAGGUCCUUUGUUUUGCAAGAAGCGUCGCAGCAUAG